AUGGUGAUGGAGGAGGACGUAAGCUAUUAUGGAAACGAAGAUCACGUUGGCAACCAUUCUACUUCUUCAGCUAACUUUAGGAGACCAUCAGUGGAAAACCUCAAUGCACUUUGCUCUAAUGGUGGCAGUCGCCCCAGAUAUCCUGAGAGCUGCAUUCCUCCUUCAGCUUACGCUUACGUCCGACGCGCAGGAACCGCGGUGAACAGAGUUGAAACGUGGUUUAGUCAGUGCUGUCAGAGAGAAGUGGCCCGAGGAGACCAGCAGAUCCUUUGCUGUGUCAAACAAGCGUGGGAAACUGCACUUUCCCAGUUCUGCACCGAGGAGUUCUCAGCCAUGACCAUUGCACACGAGUGCUGUAAGAAGAAGGGUAAAGACAGGUGGAGCUGCUUCGACAAACAGGCACCAAACCCCUCCUACCAACCUCACACUGGUUACACCGCCCCAUCGGUACCCUCAGACAUGAUCUUCACCUGGGACCCCAGCACCUGGGGACAGAACAUUGACCCUGAUGUGCAGCUGGAAUCAAGUUUUCCUCCAGCCAAACCUUCGCUGACGAACCUCAAUGCUAUUUGUCUCCAUGGCAGUGGGCGUGCCAGAUACCCUGCCAGCUCUUUUCCACCAUCAGGUUAUGCUUACGCCCGUCGAGCCGGAAACGCAGUGAACAGACUGGAGGCGUGGUUUAGUCAAUGCUGCAAUGGGGACGUGGCCAGAGGAAAUGAACAGAUCCUUUGCUGUGCAAAACAAGCAUGGGAAGCUGCACUUUCCCAGUUCUGUACCGAGGAGUUCUCAACCAUGACCUUGGCCCAUGAGUGCUGCGAGCAGAAAGGAGAAGACAGGUGGAAAUGCUUCACAAAACAGGCUCCUAACCCCUCCUACCAAUCCCUUCCUGGUUAUCUUGCCCCAGUGGUACCACAAGACAGGAUUUUCACCUGGGACCCCAAUACUUGUUGAAGGUCAAGAUAUUAAAUGAUAAUUAUGAUUAUAAUCAUAUGAUCAUAUUCCAUAUGCGAACCUGAUCUUUUUUUUGCUACAGCAACAUUUUUUAUAUCCUCACAACAACUAUGGCUAGAGUGCAAAAUGCUUUAUAAUAUACCCUGUAUAUGAACUUUGGAUGUAUGAUUGUGUGUCUUAGUUCAAUAACAUGUGCAAAACUGUCCUUUAAGAUAUGAACAGCUUUUACUGAGAUUUCAUCUUUAAAUCUAUUGUGUAAAUGUUUUUAUGAGGAAUGUAUUGCAAAAAAAGUCAUAAAUGAAAUCAGUGUAGAUCAGCGGCUGCUCUGUUCUGUCAUUUUGCUGGUUUUUAUUCCUCAAAAAUAGGCUAGUAUUGCAUGCUAACUGUGUAUUUACAGUUAUGUGGUCAUCAAACCUGAGCACAAACUGAAACACAGCUGGUAUCAACAUUGCUGUAUAAAAAUACAUACAAUAGAGACAUAUAAUACAAGGGGUGUAUAAAGCUUCUUCUAACAAUUAUAGUAACAUACUUUCGUUUAAUUCAAGUGAAAAUACAUUUGUUUGGAUGAAAAUAAAUAAAAUGACUAAAAAGUAUUUAAUUGAAAGUUUAUUAAAUAAAAGGUUGCAGGAAUAAUGAUAAAAAUAUAAACACAUUUAUUGUGGUGAUCCCAUAGAACCUGAACCUUGGAUUAUCAAAACUACCUGUCAGAAUGACCCUUUUAUCAUGUUGCCAUAAGGAACCUUCAUUUAUUAAUUUUUCAUAAUUU